AUGGCUGAAAAUUUCGACGUCAUAACGAAUAAGCUCCCUGAGCUGAAAUUAGAUUCUAAGCAAGCGCAAGGGUUUAUAUCAUUUUUCAAAAACCUACCUGAUGAUCCAAGGGCUGUACGGCUUUUUGAUCGCCGGGACUACUGUACUGCCCAUGGCGACAAUGCAACUUUCAUUGCAAAGACCUACUACCACACUACUACUGCUAUGCGACAACUGGGUAGUGGAUCACAUUCUCUUUCCAGUGUUAGUGUCAGCAGGAACAUGUUUGAAACAAUUGCUCGUGAUCUCCUUUUGGAGAGAACAGAUCAUUCUCUUGAGCUCUAUGAAGGUAGUGGUUCUAAUUGGAAACUGGUAAAAAGUGGAACACCUGGUAAUAUUGGUAGUUUUGAAGAUGUUCUGUUUGCUAACAGUGAAAUGCAAGAUUCUCCUGUUGUUGUUGCUUUGUCACUUAACUUCCGUGAAAAUGGUUGCACCAUUGGGUUAGGAUUUGUUGAUCUAACUAAGAGAGUACUUGGGAUGGCUGAAUUCCUUGAUGACAGUCACUUCACAAAUGUGGAGUCAGCAUUGGUUGCACUUGGCUGCAAAGAGUGCCUUCUGCCCAUAGAGCCUGGCAAAUCCAUUGAAAAUAGAAUGUUGUGUGAUGUGUUGACCAAAUGUGGUGUGAUGUUAACUGAGAAAAAGAAAUCUGAAUUUAAAACCAGGGAUCUGGUGCAGGAUCUUGGCAGGCUUGUUAAAGGUCCUAUUGAACCAGUACGAGAUUUAGUAUCUGGAUUUGAAUUUGCACCUGGUGCUUUGGGGGUGUUACUAUCUUAUGCAGAGUUACUUGCAGAUGAAAGCAAUUAUGAAAAUUAUAUUCUUCGUAAGUACAAUCUUGACAGCUAUAUGAGGUUAGAUUCUGCAGCCAUGAGAGCACUUAAUGUCUUGGAAAGCAAAACUGAUGCAAACAAAAAUUUCAGUUUGUUUGGUCUCAUGAAUAGGACUUGUACUGCUGGAAUGGGAAAACGGUUAUUGCACAUCUGGCUUAAACAGCCGUUAGUAGAUGUAGAGGAAAUUAAUUCCAGGCUGGACAUAGUACAAGCAUUUGUAGAGGACACUGUGCUUCGCCAAGAUCUGAGGCAGCAUCUGAAAAGAAUAUCAGACAUUGAGCGACUGAUGCACAGUCUGCAGAAGCAGCGAGCUGGUCUGCAACAUAUUGUUAAACUUUAUCAGUCAAGUAUCAGACUACCUUACAUCAAAAGUGCUUUGAAAAUAUAUGAUGGAAAAUUUUCCUCAAUGAUGAGGAGUAGGUAUUUGGAGCCUCUUGAGUUAUGGACUGAUGAUGAGCAUCUGAACAAAUUCAUUGGGCUCGUGGAAGCUUCUGUUGACCUCGAUCAACUGGAGAACAGGGAAUACAUGAUUUCUCCAAGCUAUGACUCAACACUAGCUAACCUAAAGGAGCAGCAGGAGUUACUAGAGAGCCAAAUACAUAAUUUGCAUAGACAAACUGCUGAUGAUCUUGAUCUACCUAUAGAUAAGGCAUUAAAGUUGGACAAGGGCACACAAUUUGGACAUGUUUUUAGAAUCACAAAGAAGGAAGAGCCAAAAAUAAGGAAGAAGCUCAAUACCCAGUUUAUUGUACUGGAAACCCGUAAAGAUGGAGUGAAAUUUACCAACACAAAGCUCAAAAAACUAGGGGAUAAAUAUCAACAAAUUCUUGAGGAGUACAAAAGUUGUCAAAAAAAGUUAGUUGAUAGGGUAGUUCAAACUGCGACAACUUUUUCUGAGGUGUUUGCAUCAUUAGCGGAAAUAAUUUCUGAAUUGGAUGUAUUACUGAGCUUUGCUGAUUUGGCUUCUAGCUGCCCUACUCCCUACACAAGACCUGAUAUCACUCCAUCGGAUGAAGGAGAUAUUAUUUUAGAAGGCUGCAGACACCCUUGUGUAGAAGCCCAAGACUGGGUGAAUUUUAUACCAAAUGAUUGUAGGCUUGUGGGUGUCAAUAUUUUGAUGGCACAAGUUGGUUCCUUUGUUCCUUGUGACAAAGCCAGCGUAUCUGUACGUGAUUGUAUUUUUGCCCGUGUGGGUGCUGGUGACUGCCAAGUGAGUCCUAUAACAUAUCCUUUGGCCCCGUUAGUUGCAUAUCCCCCACCCCCCCUCUCUGAAACUCUACGUGGUGUUUCUACCUUCAUGCAAGAAAUGCUUGAAACUGCAUCAAUAUUAAAAGGCGCAACUGAAAAGUCCUUGAUAAUCAUUGAUGAGUUGGGGCGUGGGACAUCAACCUAUGAUGGAUUUGGUCUAGCUUGGGCCAUUUGUGAGCAUAUUGUUGAAGUUAUCAAAGCACCUACUUUGUUUGCCACUCACUUUCACGAACUGACUGCAUUAGCCCUUGAAAAUGGAAGUAAUGAUCUACAGAAGCAAAUUGUUGGCGUGGCAAACUAUCAUGUUAGUGCACAUAUUGACUCAUCAACUCGAAAGCUAACUAUGCUAUACAAGGUUGAACCUGGAGCUUGUGAUCAGAGUUUUGGUAUUCAUGUUGCCGAGUUUGCAAACUUCCCUGAAAGUGUUGUAACCCUAGCUAGAGAAAAGGCCGCAGAAUUAGAAGACUUUUCUCCUCCAGCAAUAUCCUUGAUUGAUACUAACCAGGAGGGGGGUUCUAAACGUAAGAGAGUAUUUGAACCCGACGACAUGUCUCGAGGGUCUGCAAGGGCUCGGCAAUUUCUCGAAGCUUUUGUUGCUAUGCCACUAGAGACCAUGGACAAGGUACAAGCUUUGCAAGAAGUGAGGAAGUUAGCAGAUACUUUGGAGAAGGAUGCAGAAAACUGGCUUCUUGCUGUACAUGAUGUGUUCAAUGGGUUAGGAGUGCUUCUUAUCCAGGUCUACACUCAAAUCAAAUCGUUAGUCACUUUUCCCAAUGCCUGGUUGUGUGCAAGGGAUAGAUAUCAAUCAGGAAGGAAAGGGAAAGAGUUUGGGAAGAUGAGCUGGCGCAGGGUGUUGAACUCAGCACAGGCCCUGGCUGCACACACCUUCCUGUUGUGCUUCACUCUCUUCCUCGUUCUCAAGCUCGAUCACAAUCUCUCUUGUUCUUGGUGUAGAAUCGGUCCUGGUAGAUUGGAAAUUGGAGAUUGGGGUGAAGAUGAUCGUGAACUAAAGGUGAUAUUUUUGCCUCUUUGGAUGUUCCAUGGUGUUGUGGCUCGUGGAAGGUUUUCAUUACCUGCACCAUCUGCCCCACGAAAUCGAAAUUGGGCACCAUGUCAUGCCGUUGUUGCAACGCCGUUGCUUAUUGCAUUUGAAUUGCUCCUUUGUAUAUAUCUUGAGAGCUUAAAUGAUCUUGGCUCUGCAGCAGUUGAUCUAAAGAUUGUGUUUCUUCCCUUACUAACAUUUGAAAUCAUUAUUCUCAUUGACAAUUUCAGGAUGUGUAAGGCUCUAAUGCCAGGGGAUGAAGAAAACAUGAGUGAUGAGGCAAUAUGGGAAACUCUUCCUCACUUUUGGGUUGCAAUUUCUAUGGUGUUCUUCAUUGCUGCUACAGUCUUUACACUCCUAAAACUGAGUGGUGAUGUAGGUGCUCUGGGCUGGUGGGACCUGUUUAUUAACUUUGCUAUUGCCGAAUGCUUUGCUUUCCUUGUAUGUACAAAGUGGUCCAAUCCAGUAAUUCAUAGAAAUUCAAGAGAAGCCAGUAGUUCAACAUCAACUACGAUUAGAUAUCUUGACUGGAACAGUGGUUUAGUGGUUUCUACAGAUGAAAAUAGACACGAGGGGAGAAUGUGUAGCCUGCAAGACAUUGGGGGUCAUUUCAUGAAAGUACCAAUUAUUGUAUUCCAGGUUCUUCUCUGUAUGCAUCUAGAGGGAACACCUGCUUGUGCUGUAUAUAUACCACUUCCAGUUCUUUUCUCUCCCCUUUUCCUACUUCAAGGAGCUGGAGUACUGUUAUCUGCAUCAAAAUUAGCUGAGAAACUUGUGCUUCUGCUACGAAGCGGAGCUGGUGGAGGAAUUUAUUUUAGAUUUUCUUCAAGAGCUCACGAUUGCUUGGGAUUCUUGCAUCAUGGUUCCAGAUUAUUAGGUUGGUGGUCAAUUGAUGAAGGAAGUCGGGAAGAACAAGCACGAUUAUACCAUGAGGGAGCAUCUGGGUAUAAUACGUUUUGUGGUUAUCCUCCUGAGAUUGUCAAGAAAAUGCCGAAAAAGGAACUUGCUGAGGAGGUUUGGAGACUCCAGGCAGCUCUUGGUGAACAGACUGAAAUUACAAAAUUCAGCCAACAGGAGUAUGAAAGACUUCAAAAUGCCAUCCACAAGGGCAAGGACGAAUGGGGUAUCAUUCGGUUAGAAUAUUGUUUAUGUGUGGACCCUGUUCUGACUUCUGAUGUUGUAAAUCAGAGAAAGUGUUAUGCAGAAUUUGUUUUGAGGGAGAGAUUAACGUCGUAUUGCUCCCAUGUAGGCAUCGCGUCCUUUGCAGCACUUGCUCAGAGAAGUGUAAGAAGUGUCCGAUUUGCCGUGACUCUAUUGCUGAGCGUCUGCCUAUGGGUUCGUGCUAGGAACUACGUCUUGGUAACUCCUAUAUUCAGGUUUUCUAGCUGGAAACAGUUGUCAGAAGUGGUGUUGAUGACAUUUUGA